AAAAAACGAACGACGAAGAAGAAUAGUAAAGGAGAAUUGAAUUCGUGUGUGCAGUCAUUAAAAGCGCGUAAAUUUCUCGAUAAAUCAUAGUUAUUUUAAUAAAUACAAUUUAAAUAAAUAUAUUUCAAUGAAAUAUAUAACCGAGAGUGUGCGGAACACAUAAAAAUGCAUGUGUAUUACAAGAAAAUCGCUGCGAAAUAGCCAAAUCAUUGCUACAACGCGACGGUUCUGCAAAAAAACACGAAGAAAUCCAAUCGACGAAUGGCCGUUUUCGCUCUGGUCUUUUUUAAAAAAUAGUGCCACAGCGCACAAUAGCGAUGCAAGCAAAGGUGGCAAGAAGAAUUAAAAGAAAAUAUCGAGCAGAAAUUCAUAUAUUUUAUGUCAAAAACAAGUGAAAAAUAGCAACAAAAAGCUUUGGGCCCCAACACAAUUUAUGCAACUCGAAACACACAUCCAACCGCACACACACAAAUCAUGUGUGGCAGUAGUGCAGCAGCAGUCAGUAGUGAAUUGUGUGGUGUGGUGGUAGUGUAGAUGAUGAUGAUGUAGAAAGAAAAAAAAAUUGUUAAUAGUUUGAGAAGCCCCCUGAAAUACAAAAAAUAAUUCACAAAAUACCAAAGAGAUAGUCGUAGUGGUGGUGGUAUAUUUGUAACCAGAAAAAAGAAAAUAAAACGAAAAAGAAACGUGAAAAUAGCUGCUGCUACUAUUGUGUAAAUGUGGUGUUCUAUAAAGAAAUCAAAAAUCAACAGCAAAAAGUGAAAAAUUCAUUGCAUGUUGCCCAAAAAAUGUGUGUACAUCUAAAAACGACGACUGGAAUUAAAUUGGAAAUAUUUUUAAUUUAGAAAUGUGAAAAUUCCGAAAGGAAACAAGAGAAUCUACUACCCGAGAAGAGAGGAUAACGCGUGUAAAAGGAAAUCCAAGAUAAAAGUAUAAGAAAAACACAUAAUUCACAAGAAAAGUCAAUAAUAAGAAAAAUAGUAUAUUAAAUCGUCGACAACCUCGACGAGCUACUAAUAAGAGAAAGAAGAAGAGAUAUUCACAGACACACAUUUACUUGUACAAAACGAAUGUGAAAGAGAAAGAAUAGCGCGCAAUCGGCGGUUAACGUACCCCAUCGUCGACAACGACAUCACAUAGCAGUACGAAUGAAAAAAUAGUAGUGGAAAGCAAGAAAAUAAAAAACAAAAAAAAAAAGAAAUACGAAAUAAGAAUACAAAAAAAGUAGCAGAGCGAGCUCUGCACAACGGCGACGAUGACAACAAUUUGCUAUGUGUGUGAGAGAGCAAGUGAGAUACAGUGAUAGAAUGUGAAGUGAUGGUACGCUACAAAUACGGCGAGUGUGAGUGCAUGUGCGCUGGUGUGUGCUUAUAACAACAACACCAACAAUAAAAAAAAGCAAAAGAAGAAUAAAAAAGAUGCGAGUUUAUUUGUGUGUUCUUCUACUCUCCAUAAACGAACAAAUAAAUAAGAAAAUGUGUGGUGAUGUGGGCAUUAAAAAACAAAAAGGAAUAAACAGCAUAGUGGUAAAUAAAGAAAACAAAAAAGGAAAGCUAUAAAUUAAAACAACUACAACCAUUCUGUUAACAAAUGCUAAAAUUAAUAUAUAGUAGUAAAGAAGCAAAUAAUAAAUAAAAAAGCAUUGCACACACAACACUACCAAAUUCAUGCAAUAAAUAGUAACAGCAACAACAAAACAUUACAAAAAAAAAACGAGAAGAAUGUAAGAAGUAAAAUAAAGUAAAGAAAGAAAUUCUCAAAUUCAUAAAAGAAAUCAAACAAAUCAAUCCGACCGACACACACACAAAAUGGAUACAACAAAUACUGCGGCUGCGGCGUCUGCCGCCGAUGUAGCAGCAACAACAAAAGCAAAACAAUUGGAUUUUAAAAUACUGGUGGAUCAAACACUUAAUUCAUUGAAUGGCUUUGAUCCUGUAUCCCGUUGUGAUGCUCUUCAUUAUCUGCUGCAAAAUCUAAAAUUUAAAUAUUCCGAAACCUGCGAAAAAGUUGUGCCCAGCGUCUUUGCAUAUCUUUUAGAUCGUGACUAUGCGAGCACUACCAAAGGAGUAUCGAAGAAACAAUUACAACUGUUGCUAGCCACCAAAAAGGAGGAUAUCAAGAACGAGGAUGAGAAUGCCUCGUCGACAGAUUUAAAUCAGAAUUUUGAAAAAAUCCUAUGUAAAGAGGAAUUUAUGUGCCUGGAUGAAGACGACGGUGAUUAUGCCGAUGAUGCGGAUAACGAAAAUUCAAAUUUCCACAAUAAAAGAAUACGGCGUUAUCCCCAAGGAGCAGCAGCAGCCGCAUUAGCAUCUGGCGGAGUUGUUAAUUCUCUGAAAGCGAAUAGUAGAGAUCCUUUGGAUUUGAUACCCUCUUCCGUAAUACACGCCCGACGUCUUGGUCGCAUAGCCACAACAGCGGAUGGUGAUGAAAGUAAUAGUUUAGAUGCCCUUGCCCCUACAGAUAGCCUCAAGAGAACACGAAGACGAGCAGGCUUUGCCUACGGUGGUAAAAGCAGUCUUGGUAAAUUGCAUCAGUCGCGUUUGUUGUUUGAAAAACUACAACGUGUCUCCCAUUUGGGUGAAGGUUAUGUCUUCCAUCCGGACAAUGAGUUUACAAUUCAUUUCCAUUGGAGAUCGGAAGAACUGAGUAUACGUGUGUUCCAAGAACAAUUUCGUUUACAUCUAAAGAUAGCCCUGAAAGAACGUAACAAAGAAUUCCUGCGACAGUUUCAACAAGACUUCGUAUUCACGGGACGUCUAUUGGGCACGACACCACCAAAACAUGUACUGGAGUCGUUGCGCCUAGAGCACGAAGAGGAGUGGCGUCAACAGAAAAUACGAAAACAACAACAGCAACAACAACAAAUGUUGCUUAUGCAACAGAGGAGACGUAUUCUAGCAGCGUCCAGCAGUGCGGUGGGCAAUGCAUACGAUUCUGAAAUGGAUUUCGAGCUAGAAUCAGAAUCUCAGUUAUCCUCAGCUUCCCAAGAAAUAAUGAAAUUCGAAGAGAUCAUUGAUGAGGGCAUGGGACCGGGACGGCUGAUUGAUGGUUUGGUUAUGGAACCCGAAAUCGAAGAUGUUAUUGAACGUAGCGGCAGUGGAGCCAGUGUUAGUGUAAGCGGUGGCAGUAGUAAUAGCGGUAAUGGUAUGGAUACCCUGCCCAAUGAUAUGGUAACAACAGAUAGUGCUUCCACCUUGACAUCACCGUUUAUUGGUGGUAGUGGGGUUGGAAGUAUUGGCGGGGGUGUGGGUAAUGAUAUCGGUGCAACAAAUUUCAAAAAUCACCUAUCCCAGCAGCAGCAACAACAACCAAAUUCCAACACCGGAAAUCUUCUUAUGAAUGGUCUUACACCUACGGCGGGUAAUAUCCCACAAAAUAACCUUAUCCCCAAUAAUUUAAAUCAACAACAGUCACAUGGCAUGGCCAUGGGACCGGGUAAUCAUAAUAUGAUGCCCAAGGAUCAACAGCAACAAAUCUAUCAUCAUCAACAGCAGCAGCAGCAGCAUGUGAUGCAUAAUCAACAAUUGUCGGAAGAUGGUAUGAAAGUGGGUGCUCCAAAUAUGGCACAAAUGCCAGGGGGAAAGCCACCACAACAACCACACCAACUGCAACAACAGCAGCAACACAAUAUUGCCAAUCUUAUGAAUAACAAUUUGGGUCAACAGCAGCAACAACAACAGCAUUUCCAAGGAGGUCAUCAACAGCAAACCCCGCAACAGCGUUAUCUAAUGCAACAGCAGCAGCAACAACAACAGCAAAUGCAUCAACAAGCUGGGCCUUACAAUUCACAGCAGCAUAUGCCGGCCCAAAAUCAUCCAUUGGCAAUGAUGGGUGGUAUGAUGGAGUCCGCCAAUCAACAACACCAACAAAUGCAACAACAACGCAUGCAAAUUAAUGCCACCAAUAAUGCCAUCAAUAGCAUAGAUAAUAUAUUGGGUGUUGGCGGUGCCGGAGGUGGUGGUGGUGGUUCGGCAGGUGUUGGUGUUGGUCCCAAACCACCAACCACUCCAGACAAUUUGCAAUAUAUGCAACAGCAGCAGCAACAAACGCAACAGAUGCCUCCUCAUAUGCAAACUAUGCCAACACACAUGAUGAUGCAACAACAACAGCAACCCGAUCAUACUUCAUUUUUGACAGGCUCCGGUUCCAUGGCCUCAACUAAUUCACAGAGUGGUGGUAUAUUAGCCAAUCCUCAUACCCCCACGGGUAAUAAUUCAUCGGCCAAUGCAUCAUUUGAUCAUGAUGAUCCAGAUAUGUCACACGAUGAAGAUGAUGAGGAUCAUGAAAAUGAUACAAAUGAUGGCAUGGAACCGAAGCAGCAGCUCAUUGAUGGUGGCAGCAGUAGUAGUACCUCAUUGCAGGCAACGCCCGGCGGUGCAAAUGCUUCCGGUGGCGGCUCGAAAAAGGAGAAGCCCAUCUACAAUUGUUUGUUGUGUCCCAAGUCAUAUCGCAAACGAAAAUCUCUACUGGAUCACUAUAAAAUACAUCCAGGAUAUUGUCAUGAUUGUGGCAAAGCCAAUGGUACUUCUUUGGAGGAAAUUAUCCAUCAUAAUCGCACGGUACAUGCCAAGGACUUUCCAUUUGUCUGUGAGACUUGUGGUGAAUCUUAUUCAAGGCGUCAACAAUUCCAUGCCCAUGUUGAAUCUCACAAUAAGAAGGAAUUCAAAACUUACUCUUGUAUUGAAUGCGGUCAAAAGUUCUCUCACAAAAAACUACAUCAACAACAUUUAGAUGAUACGGGCCACAAGGCUGAUGGUGCUAUUUGCGAAGUGUGCGGCGAUGAAUUUCCCUCGAAGAAUGCUCUGUAUCAACAUAUCGUUCGUGUUCAUAAAAAGGAUAAUUUGUUUGAGUGCCACAUAUGUCAAAAUCGUUUUACGCUAAAAGCCAAUCUAGAACGUCAUGUCCAGUUACAUACUGAGAUUAAAAGGACAUAUGUCUGUGAUAUUUGCAACUCUUCGUAUUUUACAUAUCCAGCUUUAAAAGAUCAUUACAGCAACGCUCAUACAGAUUCCUCCGAAUGCAAAUGUCCAUUGUGUGGCAAACGUUUUGGUUCAGUUAAAUCGUUGCAACGUCAUUUACCAUCACAUUCGGAAGAGCGACCACAUAGUUGCUGUUACUGUGAACAGACAUUUAAAUGGAAAACUCAUCUUGUACGCCACAAACAAACUGUGCAUGGUAACCAGCCGUCCCCCAAAAAGGUUAAACGGUUCGCAAAGGAAGGUGAUGAAUUAGUUCCAAUGUCUGAUGUUCCCGGCCCGCCACCGGCUAAAGUUGCAAAGAAAUCGAAUGCUAGUAAACCAAAACAACAGGCACAACAACAAACGGUUCAACAACAGCAACAACAACAAAAAAUGGGGGCUGUUGCCACACCACCACCUCUAUCAACAACACCCGGAACUUCGUCAUCCUCACAACAAGAUCCCUUCAAUGCUGCCAUCAUAAGUAACAAUAGUUCACAAUCGUCAACUGCUUCGACAUCACAGCAUUCAUUGCAGUCUAGCGAAUCUCAACCGAAUUCCAUGUACAGUCAAAACUUUAGUGCUGAAAAGCUGUUGGGUCAGCAGCAGCAACAGCAACCACAUCCAACAUCACAGGGACCACAAACGGCACUGGCACCACAGCAGCAACACCAACAACAGCAGCAAGCACAGCCCAUGUUAACCCCACACAGUCAGCAUCCGCAUCCGCAACAACAGCAAAGACCAACACCACCUCCGCACCAGCAACAACAGCAUCAUCGUCACACACCUAAUAAUAGUCACACGCCGGACAAUAACUUGCCCCGAAUUAAUAGUUUUGGUGGCGGUGGGCCCACACAACCGGAGACACAAUUUCAUUUCGAUCAAAGUGCCGCUGGCGGCCCAACAUCAACCAUCACUAAUCCUGGUGCUUAUCCACAACAUCAAAUCAUUAAUCAAUACCAACAGCAACAUCAUCAGCAACAAAUGCAAACUACUCAACAGCCACCACCACCGCCGCAACAGCAGCAACAACAACAGCAGGCACAUAUGCGCAGUCAUACACCCCAGAGUCCACAUCCCCACAGUCAUGUUCCGCAACAGCACCCGCACUUUUCGUCGCCACAUCAGCAACAUUUGCAGAGUGCCGCCCAACAGCAGCAGCAACAUCAACAACAAAUGCAUCACCACCAACACAUGAUGCAACAACAAUUACAGCAUCAACAAGCCACCGCUCACCAGAGACACAAUCAACAAAGAUCGCCUCAUCCCCAUCAAACACCAGCACAACAGCUGCAACAGCAGCAUCAGCAACCAAUGCAUUCGCCACAACAUACACGUUUGCAAUCGCCUCAGGCUCAUACGCCGCAGCCACAGGCCACACCACAACAACAACAGCCAGGUGUUGCCGUCAAUCAUCAGCAACAACAGCAGCAGCAAUACACCACAGAUGCCUGGGGUAACAUCAAUUUUGUUGGACAUGGAGCAAGUGGUGCUGGCGCACAUCCCCAACAACAACAGCAACAACAACAGCAACAGACGAAUGCAAGCAAUCUAUCAGCAUCCGAUAAAGAUAAUCCAAAUAAGUUUUACAUCGUCGAUUCUUCCGAAUUCAUGGGUCUUCCAAUUAACGUUUCUGGCAGCAGUACACCGGGUGCAGAAACAAAUCAGUUGAGCAGCGCUCAACAGCCACAGUCACCAAUGGUGGCAAACAAAACGCCUCAGCAGCAACACCAGGAACAGGAUUUGAUGAGUUUUCAGAACAUGUGGCCCCAGGCGAACCAGACACCCAACCAAAUGGCCUACAGUGCCAAUGGUGGCCAACAACAGACCACCGCCCAGCAACAACAGCAGGUUCAGCAACAACAAACUCAGCAGCCUCAGGCUCAACAGGCUCAACAACAAGCCGCUGCUAGUCAGCAGGCAGCUGGCGGUGUUGCCAAUGUUGGUGGUACAACCGAUCCCCAUAGCUAUAACAAUAUUGGCAGUAUUUUGACGAAUCUCAUUGACAACAAUCCCAAUCCAAUGGAAUACAAUUUCGAAUUAAUGCAGCAAGGAUCGGUGCCUGUGGCAGGUGGUACAACAGCUACAUCGGCAGCAGCUGCUGCGGCGGCGGCGCAAAGCCAACAGCAGCAACAAAGUGCUUUGGGUGUGCAUCAUCAACAACAGCAGCAGCAACAUCAAGCGGCCAGUGCUGCAUCAGCGUAUGGCUUGCAGCCUACUGCCGGAGCUAGUGGCUUGAUACGCCACGCUGGGGUAUAUGGAGCACCAGGCUCGCUCUAUGAUCCCCACCAUCAUGCAGCUGCCCAUCAUGCCUCCAGUUUGGCUGACAUGGGUGAACAGCAAAAGAAUAGCUUUCAACCAUAUCAUCCACAUGCGUUACAAACGCAUGCUCACGCCUUGGGUGGGCAUCCUUUGGCACCCACCGCCCAUCAUCCUCUAGCUGCUGCAUCCCACCUAUUGCCACCACCACCUCCGCAUGCCAGCCAUCCACAUGUAUACGAUCGCGGUGGCUAUUCAGUUCUGGGCGGUGAUGAUGGUAAGGCCGUACUGCCUCCAAUAAGCGAUUAUAUGCAUCACAUGCAACAGCAACAUGUACAGCAGCCCGAUUUAUUGUACUAUUCUGUGAAAAAUGACUGACAUUUAAAAUAGGUCAUGCCCACCGGUGGGGCUGGAGGCGGCGGCGGAAAUUCGAGUAGUAGCGGUAGUAAUAAUACCAGUACGACAAGAACAGCAGCACAAGUCUAUCAUCAGGGACUUGCAGCGGCAGCAGCACACCACCACCACCAUCAUUAUCAGCAUGCACAAACACCUCCCCAGUAUCCAUAUCACCACCAUCAUCACCAUCACAUGCAGCAACAGUAUCACCACCAUCAGCGUGCUAAAACAGCGGGAACGCAUCCUGCCCAUCAUCAUCCGGGCCAUGCGGGAGCGGCCCAUUCGCAAAGUGAUUUGCUGCAUUGGUGGCCACCACCUCCACCGGCAAUGACACCAUCACAACCAUCAACAACAGCAUCUGUAACAGCCAGCAAUUCGGCAACUUCAUCAAACCCAUCCGCAGCAGCAGCUGUAGCGGCGGCGGCGACAUCAUCAUCAACAAAUACAAAAACUAAGAGAGGCGAUGUUUCAUAUUAAUCCGUAAGUUAAUUACUUUUAAGUUGUUUUGUUUAUAUUAUUUUUUAAACAAUUAGUGUAGCUUGUAAAUUUUUCUAAAAAAACACACACACACACUUACAACAAACAUCCAAAACACAUCCCAACACAGGAGAAACCCCAUUCUAUUUUGUUUUUGAACCAAAAGAACGGAAGCUUUAAUUACUUUUUUAACUAUGGUUUUUCUAUUCAACUAAAACGACUGCAUCUUGCCUUAUUGCAAAAAGGUUUGAAGCCAAACCCAACAAAAAGCUUCCGUAUUUUAUAUUGUUUGUUGUUAAUUCAAUUGGUGAAUAAGGUUUGUAAUCUCUAGGUGUAGAUAAUUCCAAUCACGUGUGGAAAUUUAGGUAUAAAAAUAACAACAACAAGAAAUUUAAUAACACAAAAUAAGAAAAAACAAAUACAUUUUGUAUGUAGUAAAAUCACGAUAAAAACUAAAUUACAAAUAGAUUGAAGCAACAAUAAGAAACAGACAAAAAAAUUCUAUAAAUUACAUUUCUGCUAAAUAAAAUGCGACAAUUAUUUUUAAUAACAUAAAACAGCAUUGAGUGGUAUAUGUGGUAAAGAUAAUGUAUGUUUAACAAGAAAAUCCAAGAAAUCCUCAUCCAAAUUACAGCCAUUUUUGUUGGUUAAUUUUGGAAGUAAAUGUUGAAGGAUUUCUUGUUAUAGAUACAUUUUUAAAUGUCUCCCCACAGUGUAAUCAAUAAUACUUUACAUAUUUAAGAAGACGAAAAAAUAAGGAGUAGCAAAUAGGAUACAUUUUUUUAAUAGAUUGUGUCACACCAAAAUAAGAUAAUACUUGCAAAGUGACCCGUUCUUAGAUGUAGCUUCCCCAUUGCAAAUAGAUUUUAAAUCAAUUUGUUUUCAUAAAUUCAAUAUACAUCUUUAAAAUGCGAAGUUAUUACCAUCCAUCUUUAUACGAGUCUUAACUAUGGUACUAUUCAUUUAGAAUGGAGUUUUGAUAUUUGUCUAAAUAGUAAUUGCAACCGUAUUAAUAUAAGAGGGUUGCUAUUCAUAUUUCGUAUUCUGGAAUUCUGGUAAUAAGUUUGAUAUUUUGGAUAUCCACAGCUCCGACUGACUAGUUUUUUGGGGACUAAAGAAGCUGAUCUAGCUGGAAAAUAUAAGUUUCAGGUAAUUUUAAGAGAACCCAGGAAUUGUCCUCUAUUUAAAAAACUUUUACUUAUCGAAUUUGGCAGAAUAAGGGAAGGAACAUGAUCGUUUUUACUCGUUUUACCAAUUGAAAGGGGGCAGAGCAAAGAAUACUUGAUGUUUCGUAUGUGCAUAUGACAGUUAUCGUAAGAAACUUUAUACAUUCGGAGAACUACGUCCCAAGAUGUAGUGAGAAAAGUGUAGAAGAUUAUAUGGACAAUAGUGAUUAGACCUUUUCCAUAGCCAUUUAUAGCUUUAGAAUAUUUGACAUAAGCCGUAAGACUAGUAAAGGAAACUAUGUAAGAUAGUAUGGAUUUUACCCGAGAAUAUAUGACAAGAACGUAGGUAUAACAUGGAAAGAAACCUCACGUCCAUUCCAUUCGAAUGAAUGUUUCCUCUUUUGGAUGGACUAGGCACCCAUGGCUACAUAUGUGCAAUUCCUAAUUUAAUUUUGACUUGGAUCCCGCUUUAUUCGUUUUGAAUAUCCAGCUACUUAUAGGAAACUCAGCUCGGAUGGAAGUUACUUGUCUGCCCCAUUACUAUUGGUCUAUUUCAGAAAUUAUAAUAUCAGCAGGACCAAAGUUUAGUAACGGAUAAUUAUUGUCCGAAUUCAAAACCCUUUUGGUAAAAUUCCCAAAAGAUUGGCCGAAAAAUGUUGGAACAUUUCCAUUCUCGGGUUUUACUUGAAAUAUAAACAUCAACCCUCUUAACUUUUCUAUUUACCUUAUAUUUAUAAAAUAUAAUAUUUUGAUUUUCCUUCUAUAGAUUACCGCCAAUAGGUAUUCUAUAGAUAGAAAACCUUUUGAUUUUCAUAUUAUUUUACUAGGAAAUCUUCUUGGAAGAUAAAUUUGUAAAAUGAAGGGCUUUAAAAGCACAUCUGUUGACGAAAAGUUGGAGAUUUCCAUAUUCUUUGUUAGGAGUAGGAUUUUCUUUUGGAUAUAGUCUAAAAGCAGACUUUCUAUGUCAACUGUAUCUAUCGAAAUUUCAGGGCAUCUAUCUGCAAGUCAUUCAUUGAUAUAUGGCUUGCGAAUAGAUGUCUACCUACAAAAGAUCUGUAAGUGGUACUUCACACGUAGAAGACUUGCAAAAUAAUAUCUCACCACAUAUGACAUUAACAAUUGUAAUAUGGAAUCUAGCUUAUGUCCAAAAAACUCGCCUUUCAAAGAUGUAUUAAUGGAGUUUAUUGCUGAGAUUUGAAGAAAACUCAUAGGCUUAAUUGAGAGAGGAGGUCAUAUUGGAAGUAUUUUUUUAUUUGGUAACACCGAGUUUCUUUUUUGUUCAAAAAUUGUUUUGUAUUUAUAAAUAAAAAAUAAAUGGAAAUAAUAAACAUCUUCACGACUCGAUUACAAGAAUUUAUGUUUAAUUUAUUUUUUGUUUCUUUUUUUCAUUAUAAAUAGCCUAGCCCACCCAGCCUCAUGCUUCUCAUUUUUUAGAUAUAUAUCUCAAAACUUUUAUGAAAAAAUGAACAAAUUUUUUACUAGUUUUUAUUUAAGGCUUUUAAAAUUUUUCUAAUAACAGGAGAAGAGAAUAACAACAACAUAACAUAACUAUAUGGAGGUCAAAUGUCACCUCCUAUUAUCAAAAUAAAAGCCAGUUAGUUUUGUUUUUAUAUAAACAAAUAUAAUUAUUUUAAUAAUGUAAAUCAUAUACUUCAAGUAAAACAAAAAAAAAAAAACAAUAUACAUAACUUAAGAAUAAUUUUUAUCAUAAACUAUAUAGAAAAUACAAAAGCAGAAGAAAAAAAAAAACUAAAAAUAAGCAAUAAAAAUUAGACUUUAGAUAUUAUCCAUAUUGUAAUAUAAUAAAAGAAAAGAGUGUAUAUUAAUAAAAAAAAUAUGAUUGAUUUUAAAUUUGUAAUUUCUUAAAUGAAAAAAUCUCCUUAUUUGUAUUGUUCCCCUAAUCAACCUUAACAAAAAAUGCUAUACUCUUCUCUUUUUUUCUCUAACAUACUCUCUUUUUCCUCUUUUUCUCUUUAAAAAAGAACAAAUUUUAGUUUAUAAAUACAUAAAAUAUAAUACUUAAAUAUAAGCAAAAUAAUUUGAAAGAAACUCAUAUAUUUUUUAAAUUAGUACAAGUGUUUAUUAUUUAUAUAAAAAAUACAAAACAAAUAAUAUAUAAAUAUAUUGCCUAAUUUGUCUUAAAAUAAACAACAGAGACAACAAUACAAUAAAUCUCCCCUCAAAUAAACCCACCCACCUCUUUCAAACUUUGCAUGCAUUAUUUACUAAUGUCUUAGUUUUUCUUCCACUGUGUCUCUAUCGAUCCCUCUAUCUCUCUGUCUCUCUUUCUGUCUCACAACACCCAUACUAAUGUAUACUCGUUAAUCAAUACCAAUUAAUUAAAACACAAUUCUAUAAGUAUAAAUUUUGUUUUAAUUUUUACAAACUAUUUUUGUUUACAUAUUUUUGUGUAUUUUAUAUAUAAAUAUAUAUAUUUUGCUAUAUAUUGUUUUUAUUGUUUAAGCAAUUUUUUAUUUAUAAUAAAAAAGUGAGAGUUUUACAUAUUAAAAACAAAACAAAAAAUAAAGUUAUAAAUAUAUCAAAUUACAAUAAUAAUAUUAACUUACAACAAAAACAAACACAUUAUAUAAGAAAACAAAACGUUUAGCGUUAAAAUUCAAUAAACAAAAAAAAAAAUACAUCUUAAAAAGUAUGCUAGAAGGAUAAAAAAUAAAUACACCACACACCCAGAUUUUAAUAAAUAAUAAUAAUAAUACCUAAAAACGGAGAAAUAUACCUAAAAUUGUAAUUAUAAAAUUAAAGAAAAAAAAAACGUUUGUAUAUUAAAUAAAAAAGAAAAAUAAUUUAA